CUCAUUGAAGCGGAAGCUGUAUGGAAAAUUUGCUUCCGAACACCACACCUUCUGCCGUUCGGACUCAGACUGGUGCCAGGCUGUUACCUGACGCCUCAACGGCAAUAUGAACAUCUCUCAACCCAUCUCGUCGUCUGUCGAGACGGUCGAGUUCACGUUCCUCACCGAGGAAGAAAUCAGAGCGAUUUCGGUCAAGCGCAUUGAGAACGACAGCACAUUCGACAAUCUUCUGAACCCCGUUCCUGGUGGUCUCUAUGACCCUGCUCUUGGUUCAUGGGGCGAUGCUCUCUGUGCAACCUGUAACUUGAACCAGUCUUCAUGCCCGGGCCACGCCGGCCACAUCGAGCUUCCCGUGCCGGUUUAUCAUCCUGUAUUUCUCGACCAGGUCCUUCGUCUCCUCAGGUCACAAUGCGUUUACUGCAAAGGUUUCCGUAUGCGCCAUCGCGACAUCAACCGAUACUCCUGCAAACUCCGACUGCUACAAUAUGGCCUUUUGCAUGAGGCUCACUUGGUUGAUGCGAUUGGAGAAGGGCUCAAGGGCCUCGAACUUCCGGGUGUCCCUACCGAUUACGACAGCGAGGCCGAAGAAGAGGGCACCACCAUUGUCGACAACAUCGUCGGAGCCCGGGAGGCAUUCGUCCGCAAAUCCCUGAAGUCACACAAGCUCAACCUGGGCGAGGUCAGGAAGGGCAAGCACGAAGGUGCUAUUGAAAUGCGGAGAGAGCUCAUCAAGGACUUCUUGACAGAAAUCACCAAGCCCAAGCGAUGCGACAACUGUGGUGGUAUCUCGCCUACCUACCGAAAGGACCGCUUCGUCAAGAUUUUCGAAAAGGCCCUUAGUGAGAAGGAUCUGGCAAAGAUGGCACAGAAAAACCUACACCUCAAGGAUUCCAUGGCGACAGCAACUCGCCAGCGCAAGUCGAAGCGCGGCAAUACCGAUACCGACGAAGGUGUCGCCGACGUCGAUACAGCCUCAUCGAGCGAAGAAAACGACGUCGACAUGCGUGAUGCUAAUGACGCUGACCUCGAGAAGGAGGAGGCAGAGUCCAGAGCUGAUGCCAUUGUUCAGACCCCCGGUCAGCAGCGAUACCUUAGUGCAAUGGAAGUUUGCGCACGUCUGCAGGAGCUAUUCCACAAGGAACAAGACAUUAUGUCGCUCGUCUACAACUCGAAGCCAACGACCAAAAAGGCAGCCAAAGUGUCUGCCGACAUGUUCUUCAUCCGAACUAUCCUUGUUCCUCCAAACAAGUUCCGACCCGAAGCUCGAACCGGCGAUUCUCAGAUCUCCGAGGCCCAGCAGAACUCCCUCUACAAGAUGAUCAUGCGAAACUGCGGUAGCAUUGCGAGAAUACACCAAAGCGUCGGGGGUACAGACCAGUACGGAAGAGCAAGAGACAUCAACGAUUUGCACCAAGUAUGGACGGAACUACAAGAGUCUGUCAAUUCUCUGAUCGACAAGAGCAAAAACCCUGUCCAGGGCGCAGCUGCGAAAAGAAACGAAGAUGGCAUCAAACAAAAGCUGGAGAAGAAGGAGGGUCUUUUCAGAAAGAACAUGAUGGGAAAGCGAGUCAACUUCGCAGCCCGCAGUGUCAUUUCUCCCGACCCCAAUAUCGAGACCAACGAGAUUGGUGUGCCCCCUGUUUUCGCACGCAAACUUACCUACCCCGAGCCCGUAACGAGCCACAACUUCAAAGAUCUGCAGCAAGCCGUUAUCAACGGUGUCGACAAGUGGCCCGGCGCGGCUGCCAUUGAGUACGAGAACGGACAAAUCGUCAACCUUCGAUCCAAGUCUGCCGAUGACCGCACGUCCCUUGCCAACCAACUCCUCACGCCGACCAACGCCCAGUUGAGUGGCAUGAAGGGCAAGAAGGUUUACCGACAUCUGACAAAUGGCGAUGUUGUUCUCAUGAACCGUCAGCCGACGCUCCAUAAGCCGUCCAUUAUGGGCCACAGAGUUCGCGUGUUGCCGGGAGAGAAAACAAUCCGAAUGCACUACGCCAACUGCAACACGUACAAUGCCGAUUUCGACGGUGACGAGAUGAACAUGCAUUUCCCCCAGAACGAGGUUGCCCGAGCCGAAGCUCUUCAGAUUGCCGACACGGACCAUCAAUAUCUGUCUGGCACGGCAGGCAAGCCUCUUCGUGGUUUGAUUCAGGACCAUCUUUCAGUCUCUGUUGCUCUUUGCAACAAAGAUACCUUCUUCGACCGAGACUCAUACCAGCAGCUCAUCUACUCAGCACUCCGCCCAGAGAGUGGUCAUAUUCUUGGCGAGAGGAUUGAGCUCCUUCCUCCGGCAGUCAUCAAGCCGAGACCCAGAUGGACAGGCAAGCAGGUUAUCAGCACGAUCCUGAAGAACAUCAAGCCACUAAAUGGAGAAGGGCUCUGGAUGUCCGGAAAGUGCCAAGUCAAGGGCGAGCAAUGGGGCAAAGGCCAUUUGGAAGAGGGCUCAGUCUUGUUCCAGGACGGACAGUUCCUGACUGGUAUUCUUGACAAGGCCCACCUGGGUCCUAGUUCAGGCGGUUUAGUCCAUUCCAUUCAUGAAGUCUAUGGACCUGCUGUUGCAGGCAAGUUGCUCAGUGCUAUGGGCCGCCUCCUCACUCGUUACCUGAACAUGCGGGCCUUUACUUGCGGCAUGGACGAUUUGCGGCUCACAUCAGAGGGUGAGCAGGCUCGAAAGGAGGCACUGAAGGCAGCGAAGGACAUCGGACUCCAGGUUGCAGCCAAAUACGUUUCACUCGAGGACAAGGCACCUAAGAGCACAGAUCGGGAACUCCUUACUCGCCUGGAGGAGGUCAUGCGCGAUGACACCAAGCAAGAAGGUCUCGAUUUGCUCAUGAACCAGAGCGGUGGCAGUGUUUCAAGCGCGGUUACAUCAGCUUGUCUUCCCGUCGGUCUGGUGAAACAGUUCCCCAAGAACCAGAUGCAGUCUAUGACAACUUCUGGUGCCAAGGGUAGUCAGGUCAACGCCAACCUCAUUUCAUGCAAUCUGGGACAACAGGUUCUUGAGGGCAGAAGAGUUCCUCUGAUGGUUAGCGGAAAGUCUCUGCCCUGCUUCAAGCCAUUCGAGACCAAUGUUCGUGCGGGAGGCUACAUUGUUCAGCGAUUCUUGACUGGUAUCCGACCGCAAGAAUACUACUUCCAUCACAUGGCUGGUCGCGAGGGUCUCAUCGAUACGGCUGUCAAGACGUCUCGCUCGGGUUACCUGCAAAGAUGCAUCAUCAAGGGCAUGGAGGGACUUACAGUGACGUAUGAUUCGACGGUGCGAGAUGCCGAUGGCACCCUCGUGCAGUUCCUCUAUGGCGAGGACGGCCUUGACCCGACCAAGCAGAAGUACCUCACCGACUUUAGCUUCAUCCUCCGCAAUGUUGGGUCCGAGUCGGCCCAGCUUAACUUCAGCAACGGCUUCAGGGAACAAUUUGCCGGCACCAAGGACGAAAUUCUCAAGCACAUGAAGAGUGCUGUCAAGCAUGCUAAGCUUGAUAGCCCCGGAGCCAAGGACCCUAUUAUUUCCAUGGUCAACCCUGCGAGGGUAGCAUUUGCGACAUCCGAGUCGUUCUACGAGAAAAUGACAAAGUACAUCAAAGACAACAAGGACGGUCUCAUCCGCGACAAGUCAAGCGGUCCUUCUGGCUCGGUGGAUGCACCGGCCGUCAGCAAAAAGUCGGCAGAGCUUGUUUUUGCCGCCAAGUACAUGCGAUCACUCGUCGAGGCUGGUGAGGGUGUCGGCAUCGUUGCUGGCCAGAGUGUGGGUGAGCCCUCGACACAGAUGACCCUCAACACAUUCCAUUUGGCAGGUCACUCGGCAAAGAACGUCACGCUCGGUAUUCCACGUCUCCGUGAAAUUCUCAUGACGGCAAGUCGAUCUAUCUCAACACCAGCUAUGACUCUACUUCUCCAUCCUGAGUUGUCUGCAACUGAGGGAGAGGUGUUUGCAAAGUCCAUCAGCGUUCUGCCUCUUUCCGAUUUGCUUGACACAGCGACCGUUAACGAGCGCAUCGGAAAGGGCAUCGAUGGUUCUUUGGCCAAGCUGUACGAUGUGAAGCUUAACUUCUUCCCUGCUGCGGAGUAUACCAAAACCUACGCCGUCGAUCCCUCUGAUGUCAUGGAUACCAUCGAGAAGGGAUUCCUGCAGAACCUCUUGAAGGCCAUGACCAAAGAAAUCAAGAAGCGCCGCAGCGAUUCCACCUCGGCGACGCCUGAAGUUGGCGUCAAGUCUGGCGUAGUAGAAAUGGUCAGUGGCAACGGCGAGGCAAGACCUACCAACGACGACGACGAUGACGACGACGAGAAUGGCGACGGUGACGCCACGAGUGCCAAGAACAGGGCAAACCGGGACGAGGCUGUAUCAUAUGGUCCGAAUGAUGACGAGGAUGAUGCGAUUCAGCGACGGAUGGAACGGGAGAAUUCCGAGGAAGAAGAUGAAGGGUUUGAGGGUAGCCCACUGCCGGCAGCCGACGAGGGCAGCUCCGAUGAUGAAGAUGACGAAGAUGAAGACAUGGACAAGGAGGAUGGCGGUUGGAGAGCCGCGCGAGUGAAGCAAAAUUAUUCCCCUGUCACCAAAUUCAACCACGACAGCGCAGGAGAGUGGUGCGAGUUCACGCUCGAGUUCGAGGCAGAUACCCCCAAGGUAUUGAUGCUCAACAUCGUGCAGGCGGCGGUCAAAAAGUCGGUCAUCCAGCAAAUUCCUGGCGUUGGCUCUUGCACCUUCACACCCGACCACAAGAUCACGAACGCCGCUGGCAAGGAUGUGACAGUGUCGGCCAUCUACACAUCUGGUUGCAACCUCGAGGCCAUGCAGAAGUAUGGCGACUUCAUCAACCCGAACCAGAUCACAACCAACGACAUUGGCGCUGUUCUAGACGUGUACGGAGUGGAGGCAUGCCGGAACAACAUCGUGUCUGAAUUGGCCGGCGUCUUCGGCGGUCACGGUAUUAGUGUCGACAACAGACACUUGAACCUCAUUGCCGACUACAUGACUCGCAAUGGUGACUACACGCCCUUCAACCGCAAUGGUCUGCGUGGCAAUGUCAGUCCCUUCACCAAGAUGAGUUUCGAGACGACCCUGGCUUUCCUGAAAGACGCCGUUCUCGAUGGCGACUGGGACGACCUCAAGACACCCAGUGGUCGUAUUGUCAUGGGCCGCUUGGGCAAGAUUGGCACGGGUGCCUUUGACGUGUUGACGGCUUUGCCUACGCACCACAUGUCGUCCAACGUCGAAUGAGCUUAGCCCCCUGUCUGGCUACUUGUAUCUGCCUUGCUUUGAAUUCUGGGAUUAGGAGUCGUUGUUGACCAAAAACUGUAUUUUGUAUGCGGUAUUGAUAGAGGUGACAUUCACCUAAAAAGUAAUCAGUAUGAAUUACCAAGAUUUUUCUUCAUCAAAGUUCAUCAAAGUUCAUCAAAGUGUAGACAAGUAAAUCGUCUCUUUCCCCCCUAUUCACAACCCGUAUACGAUUGUACCCAUAAAGCCACCGGGAGAGGGGAGAUGACGUGGAAAGUGACUUGAUGAUCUCCUUUGCGCCCUCAGGCGCAGUCUCAGUAGGUUCGACAAGGUGAUGAGGGUAUGUAUGCGAACAAGACAAGGCAAGGUAGCGUACGUGCCUUGCACUGCAAUUACGGAUUGCACGGUGUGACACUUCAGUUGUGCCCACGAUCCGUUCAGAUGUUCUCCAAACACUGAUGCCAUG